AUGAGCAAGACCGUGAUUACGAGCAAUGAAAGGAACAACAAGAACAAAAAAGCACAGCUCGCUCAGGCUUAUCAGAAUCUAACUCAAGAUUUAACUUCCCCUGCCUUGCGUACGAUUGGCAAUUAUACUCUCGGCCGUACUUUAGGCAGUGGCAGUUAUGGUAUCGUGCGUCUCUCCACUCAUCGCCUCAUCAAAGGUGCACGCGUUGCUGUGAAGAGCGUAUCAAAAAACCACACUCAGCUCAGCGCUUUGGUUAGAGAGCUGCACCAUUAUCGGCGCCUAUCGCACCCCCACAUCGCUCAACUCCUUGAGAUAGUCGCCACCGAGAACGACAUCCACCUCGUCACCGAGUUAUGUGAUGGCGGUGAGCUGUUCGAUUAUCUCGUCGACAAAGGAAGACUGUCCGACGUGGAGGUUAGGAGAGUUUUCGGUCAGCUUAUGCUGGCGCUGCACUACCUUCAUUCUAAUGGUGUUGUUCACCGCGACUUGAAGCUCGAGAACAUUCUCCUCGAUAAAGACGGAAACGUUAAAUUAGGCGACUUUGGCUUUGCAAGGGAGUUUGAUGAUGGCCCUGGGAAUCUUAUGAGUACUUGGUGCGGCACAACUGCGUACGCUUCUCCUGAAAUGCUUCGCGGUGAAAAAUAUGGUGGAAAGCAAACUGAUAUUUGGAGUUCUGGCGUUAUCCUCUACGCUCUUCUCACUGGUGGUCUUCCUUUCGACGAUGAUGACGAGGAUGAAAUGAGAGAGUUGGUGUUGAAAGGAGAAUACUAUCAUCCAACUGAUGUCCUUUCAGCUGAUGCUUGUGACCUAAUUUCCGCAAUCCUUCAACCACUCCCACAAAAUCGUCCGAGUAUCGAACAAAUCCUCGCCCAUCCAUUCUUCACCCGCUUCCCAUCACAGCAAACCCCGUUGCACACUCUCCAUGACAAGCUCGAGCACACAGCCGAGCACGCCAGCUACGCGUACGACGAGAAACACGUGAGCGAGAUAAGCGAAGGAGAGAGUGAAGCGACGGAGGUAUUCGAGGGUGUGAGCGAUGUGAACCACUUGGACGAGCCACCGCGACGACUAGUCCCUGCGACCACAAGCAGCGGCAUGACUAGAAACUUGAGUGUAGAGAGUAUACCCGGGAUAGCCCUCCCCCGUCGUUCAGGUGGUUCAUUCAAGCGCGGCAUGGUGCGCACGCUAUCUAGUGAGCGCGAAGGUGCAUCCACACCCCCGAUCCAACGGACGCCAUCGCGCACCAAACGGCGCAGCGUCAGCUCGACCAUGUCCGACUUACCCGUGCUUACACCUGUCGCGUCGCGCAUCCCGUCUACCACCUCUCUCCGUGAACACUACAAGGUGGGAUCGAUGGAAAGUGUCAACUUCAAUCCAAAUCCCAAUUUCAAUCUCGGCCAGUCCAACGCAGACGAUCUUCACCAUUUCCACCCGCAAGAACCGAAUUAUCUCGAAAUGUGCACCGCUCAACACGCACAGCCGUUUGAGGAAGAGUGGGAACGCGCUCUCCUUCAGUCGCUUAGUCAGCUGGGGUUCGAUAUCGGGCAGAUUAAGCACUCAGUUAUCAACCACGCGUGCGAUGCGUCUGGUGGACUGUGGUGGCUCCUCCGCAAGCAGAAUCUCGAUACGCGUGAACAUCUCACUCGUAUCGAGGAGGAGGGCGUCGGCCUUGGCGAAAGGGGUGAGCGUGGCGAGCGGCGCGACUCAGAGGAGUAUCUCAUGAUCAACACGCGUAAACAGAAGGAGGAGAGGGAGAAGAGGAGAGAGAAGGAGCGCGACAAAGUAGAGAAGGAGAAAGCGGAAAAAGAGAGGGAGGAGAAGGAUAGAAGAGAGAAAGAAAAAGAUAGAGACAUUGAGAGAGACAAACAAAAACUCAAAAUGAGCGACCAACGCGCAGAUUUCUCCAAAAGAAGUUUGCCAGAUCUCAACGAAUCGGGUUUAUCACUAACACCACCCACCGAGGCGUCAACAUCGAGUCUACAGCUCAACUUGCCGCAGACGUCCGCCCCUAGUUCGCCUAACAAGACUAAGAGCCGCAGCAGCUCUAUCAGCAUGCUACAGCGCGCCACUACUGCUCUUAGCGGGAGUAUGCUACCUCGAAAGAAAAGCGACGAAAGGAGUGGGAGUAAUGAUGAUAGUGUCAGUGUGAGUUUGAGUGUGAGCGGGAGUGGGAGUGGGAGUGUUAGUACAACGCCUCCUAUCUCACAUGCUGCCCAGUUCAACUCCACAGCUUCGCUCAAUCAGUUACCAACUGACUCACCUCGGGCGGCGUCUGAACACGACUUGCACAACACUCCUAACAUUCAAAACUCACCCGUAACCAAGGAAAAGGACAAGAAAAACUUGUUGGACGCUUUCCGUGGUUGGUUCACCGACGAUAAACGCGAGCGCAAGAAAGGUAAGACCACGCCCAAAAAGCAGAAGCAGAAGCAGACGCAGGGUCAGCUCAAAGGCGCUGAAACUGCAGCUGAAUCUGAAGGGGUCCCAUCGACGGUGCAAAUGCGGCGGUCUGCUUCGCAUAACAGCAACAGCAACACCCUUACACCGCGCAGACGCAACGCACGCACGAAACAGGGACCUACUCGCGGUCAGACGCAGUCCAAGGCCAGAAGAAAUCGCCGCAACAGGCGUAAGUCGAGUAAUGGACGACGGGCGUCAAGUAGCAGCACUCAAAGCAUGCUAUCACCGCAAACUGUUGCUAUGGCGGUACCGCAGACGCAAUCGCAGCCCCACUCGCAGCCUCACUCACAAUCUCAUUCCUUGACACACUCCCGUCGCUCGUCCUCCGUCCAUUCGCGCCGCUCGAGUAUCUCGGUGCAUUUCGAGAGCGGGUCGCCAUCGGCCGCGAUGAACCGGCGGGUUAGCAGCGGGGGAGUUGUUGGGCGAGGACAGCACGCCAAGUCGCCUUCCAUGUCUUCGGUAAGCAGCGCGCGUAGUGUGAGUGGACGGAUGAGUAUGGGUAUGGGCAUUAAUCCCAGCUCGAAUACGUCGUUCGGUCGCGCAGGUAGACACAGAAGCGGGUCGUCGAGCUCCUUGCAGCGCGUGCGCCAUGUGAGGGCUCCUUCGUCUCCCCUGCCAACCAGCAGACAUUCGCGGAGCACGUCGACAAGUUCGUUGGAGAAUGGCGAGAAGGUGGUCGGGUUGGGGCUGCGCGAUAGUGAAGUCGAUGGCUAUGGUGAAGGUGAUGGCGAUGCAAAGGUGCACACCCGCUCUUCUCAUACAAACCACCUCCCCCACUCCUCGACUAACCAACAACACUCUAAAACACUAUUCCUCGCAUCAAAACGCCCACCUGCACCAAUCAGCGUUCAUUCACCACCAAUGAAAUCAUUCGCGCUCCUCAAAGCUAGCAAAUUCGACUACAGCAGGACUUCCCCAACAAAAAAUUUGACUUUCGAUACAGCGGCAGGUGGGCAUGCGCAAAGCAAGUCAAAGUCAAAUGCACUCGCGCAUGCACGGUCACGCACUCACCCGCACACUCACACCUACACCCAUUCUCACACUCACACUCAUUCCCACAAGGAAGAGGAGUGGGUGGAUGAGGACGACUUCGCUGGCGGAAUCGGACAGGGCGAUGCCAGUGCGGUUAUUGGAGAGUUUGAGUCGAGUGUUGCCGAAGAACACGUCAGCGUCACGGAGCACUCGGACGAAGAUGAGAUCGAGGGUGUGAAAAAGCUCAAGAAGUCCAAGAAGACGAAUAAUAGGAAGAAUGGUGACGCAAGGGAAACGAUGAGCGACUUCAAAUUCCCAAGGAGUGGUGGUGAUGGUAAUGGCACCGGCACUGGCAGUAGCCAUACUACUAACUCCAACUCCAACUCCAACGCCACUUCGACGUCUCCUACUCCUCCAAAUACCUCCAACCACCAGAAAUGGAGACCUUCAGUCGCGACCGCGGCCGUCAUCGAGGAGGAUGAGGAGGACGACUAG